AUGGGGGUGCAAGGCCUUUGGGACUUAGCUUCUGCCGCCGGUCAGCGCGUGAACUUCGCCGCGUUAGAGAACAAGGUGGUGGCCGUAGAUGCAAGCAUUUGGAUGUACCACUUCUUGAAAGCGAUGCGAGACGAGAAAGGAGAUAUGGUGAAAGGCGCUCACCUCCUUGGUUUCUUUCGUCGGAUCUGCAAGCUGCUGUAUUUAAAGAUCCGACCGGUCUUCGUCUUUGAUGGCCCGCCACCCGCGCUGAAGUGGAAAACCCUUCAGCUGCGCGCGAAGCAACGCGACUCUGAGGAACGGCUGCGACGCAAAGCGGUGGAACGCUUGCUACGAAACCAGCUGCAGCAGCACUUGCUGCGGGCCGCGGGAGACGCGACCCCGGGCGCGGAGGCGGCAAUGCCGGAAAUGCCGGAGGAUUUGCCGGAGGACCGAGAAGCAGAGGUGCCGGAAGAAGUGGUCGAGGAGGAGGAGGAGGAGGCGGAGGCUGUUGCCAUUGAGCCUGGGGCUUCCGCACCAGGCCGGUCGCGGCGGCGCCGCGGCGGCAACGCUGUGCCGCAGCCCUUCCGGGGCUUCAUGGCGCAGCGCCGUGGGGUCUCAGAGGUGCAGCUUCCCCAGCUGCCCGAGGAACCUUUGCGAGAGAUCUUGCAAGUGCCCAAUCGAAGACCCAACGGUCGCAUGCGACAGCCCGAUGAGUGGAAGGGCUAUGCUGUGCCCGGCGGCGGCGUCGUCACAGUGCCCUUGGACGGGCCCGUGGCGCUCGAGGAGUUUGAGCCACUGGACCCCAAGACGAAGUAUAUGCUACUCCAACGGGCACAAGAGGCCUGGUACGGCGAGUCGAGACUCAAAGCCGUCGAAGCGAAGGAUGAUAUGGGGGCCUUCGUGAACGUGCAGUUGGAGAUGUUCUUGCGGCACAUCCGAACCAACAAGGAGAUCGAAAAGGUCAAGCGGAGUAUGGCUGAGACCGUUUCCAGACCCGUGGGAGAAGAACUUGCAGAAGGCGAAGUCUAUCGAGCGCCAAGUUUCUUGCAGGAACAGCCGCAACAGCCGCCAGCUCCAGCUCCCGAAGCAGUAGAGGUUGACAGCGUCGUCGGCAGUAAAGGCCGUGGCAAGGGAAAGCGUCGUCAAAAAAAGCGCCCGCGGCAGCUCGAUGGAGAGCCAACGCGGUGGCAACCUCUGCUAGGUGUCCAGAGAAGUUCGGAUCCAUUAGCAUGGCUUGGCGAGGAAGCUCCGGAAGAGGACGCUCCAAAAAACUCGGAGGCGCCAGAGACAGCGACAGCUGACUGCAGUUCUGGUGUCGCAGAAACCGCGGAGGAUCUCUUUGGCGCAGCAUUUUUCGAGGGCCUUCCGGGGCCCUCUCCACAGUCCAGCUCUCCGCCUUCGAAAAGAUUACGUGUGGAGGAGACUGAAGCUGCAGGGUCAGCCCCAGAGCAACCGGAGGAAGUGGAAUUCUUCCCCUUGGCUGAAGUGCCAGCGGCGCGGCGAACCGCGAGUGUCGCGAGUGCGAGUCCAUUGCAGGAGACAUCCAAUCUGGAAGAUCUGGAAGCUGGACACAGCGAAGGGCAAAAUGGGGACGAUGAAAUGCGGCCGUUGUCCCAAGACGAGGAAGCAGUGGAAUUCCUUUCCCCGGCGGAAGUUCCCUUCGCGAAAGAUUCAACUGAAGCCGCCCUUGAUACUCCGGUCCUCGUAUCUCCGGACGAUGAGGAGGAAGUGGAAUUCUUCUCGCCGGAGGUAGUUGGGAGCCCCUUCCAGGAAACACCAGCAAGAUCUGCCCACGGCGCACAAGAUGAUGCCAUGGGAGAAGCAGUGGAAUUCCUCUCCCCUACACAAGUUCACAGCUUCCAGGCAGAAGAGGAUUCCAAGCCACCAGUAGAUCUUCCUGGCGAGGUGACCUCUCCGGUGCCGUCACCCAGCACACCUAUGGAGGAGCCAGCGGAGCCAGUUUUACCGCCGGAGCCGGCGCCAGAAAAGGCCCCCAAAACUUAUCGAGGAGAACCAGCUGUAAGUACCGAUGCAGCAUCAGCCGCUGAAAAAGCCGUGGCUGCUGCCGCACGCGCGGCCCCAGCGGCAGCACCGGGCAGGACGUCAGGUGGGGACGCGGACACGUCAUCGCUGGACGGAGUGUGGUGCAGCACACAUUUCCAGUACCGCUGGCGUUGCAAGCAAGACGGUGUCGCACAUGCGUGCCAGGUCGAUUCCAGAGAGGCGGCAGCGCCUGCAGGCCGAUCCAAGGGAUCCAAGGGCAAGGGCAAGGGCAAGGGCGAUGAAGAAAUGACCUUGGGAGAUGAUGAGAUGGAGGAGUUGGAAUUUCAACGCUUGGCUGCGGAACUGGAAGAUGAACAUGAAGACCUCCGCGCGCAGGCACGUCGUGCCAAACGUGGUGCUGAUAUGGUCACCCCAGAGAUGCAGGCGGACAUCGAAGCGCUGCUGGAAGCCUUGGGCAUUCCCUUCGUCCACGCCCCCGCGGAGGCAGAGGCCCAGUGCGCCUUUCUGGCAGAGGCCCGCUUGGUGGAUGCCGUGGCCUCCGAUGACUCCGACGUCCUGGUCUUUGGCGCGCGUGAGGUGUACCGUCGCAUGUUCUCCGAGGAUCAGCAAGUGGAGUGCUACAGCAGUGCCCGACUGGAGGCAAGGCUGGGUUUGUUGCAAGAUCAGCUGAUCGUUCUGGCUAUGCUUUUGGGUUGUGACUACACCCUGGGCGUGCACGGUGUGGGCAUCGUCAACGGGCUGGAGAUCGUUCGCGCCUAUUCCCCUGGCCGGGGCUCUAUGGGCUCUGUGCAGGAGUGGUUGAAACGCCUGGACAUGUUCCGUUCGUGGGCCCAAAAUGUGGCAGACUGGGGGAAGGAGCCUGCCGGGGUUGAAGAUGACGACGGGCGAGCAAUGGUCGAGUUCAAGCGCAAACACACCAACUUCCGCGCGCAAUGGUCUUUCCCGGACGACUUUCCCAGCGCUGCGGUGAUGUCUGCCUUUCAAACGCCUGAGGUGGACCGUAGCUUAGAAGCCUUCAGUUGGGCCUCUGUUGACGUGCAGCGCGUGGUGGCAAAGCUCAAUGAGGCCAACCUCUCCGAGGAGAAGGUCAUGGAACGCUUGGAACCGGCGCUGAGACGUUACCAGGAUACCCUGCGACAACCUCGCAUCACGGAAUACUUGCAGCCAGCCAGCGGUGACGUCGCGGUGGUGCGGUCCAUGCGGAUGCAAGAGGCCCUGUGGGGCCUACGGGGUGAAUCUCCUGAAGGAGACGCAGAAGAGCGACCUGCCAAGGGGCGAAGGAAGGGCGGCCGUGGCCGUGGCCGUGCCUCUGGUGCUGCGAAGCCGCGUGCAAGACGCGGACGCGGGCGGGGUGAGGCGGAGGCCACGACCUUUGUUCAUUUGCAGCCGGGAGAAGCCAAUAUCGACUUGGACAGCGACAGCGCCUGA